CUCCCCGCUCUCCCACCCCAGAGCUUUCCUUUUCCACCCGGUCGCUUCUCGUCAAUCCUUCCAGACCACUCCUUCACCAUGCUUCCCACAUUCGUUUCCGCGUUCCUUGCCGCGGCUGUGCUAGCUCUCACAGCCAACUGUUCCCCCAUCCAAGACAACAAGUACGACUACAUCGUGGUUGGCGGCGGUACCUCAGGCCUCGUCAUCGCCAACCGUCUGUCCAAGGAUCCCGACGUCUCCGUCGCAAUCAUUGAGGCCGGCGACUCCGUCUUGAAUAACCCCAACGUCACGACUACCGAAGGCUAUGGCAAGGCCUUCGGCUCUUCCAUCGACUGGCAGUACGAGUCUGUCCCUCAGGCUUUUGCUGGCAACAAGACUCAGACCAUGAGGGCUGGCAAGGCGUUGGGUGGCACCAGCACCAUCAACGGUAUGACUUACCUCCGCGCUGAGAAGGCUCAGAUUGAUGCGUUGGAGCGUCUCGGAAACGACGGAUGGAACUGGACGACCCUCCUCCCUUACUACAAGAAGAGCGAGCACUUUCAGUGGCCCUCCGCAAUGCAGGUCGCAGCUGGAGCCACUUACGGUCCUAAAGUUCACGGCUACAUGGGAAACUUGUACGUGGGUUGGGUCAAUGACAUGAUGUAUGGCGACAUCAUUACGACUCUCGUUUCGACCUUCGGUGCGAUGGAUAUUCCCUUCAACCAGGAUCCCAAUGAUGGCGAGAUGCGUGGCUUCUCUCUUUAUCCGAGGACUGUCCGCCGUAUUGAGAAUGUUAGGGAAGACGCUGCACGCGCAUAUUACUGGCCCAUCGCCGACCGAAAGAACCUUCACCUUUAUUUGAACACUUCUGUCGAUUUCAUCACUUGGGAGAAGCCAAUAAACAUGUCGUCGCCUUCCGGAAAGCCUGUCGCUAGCGGAGUGCACGUCACCUGCGCGAGCGGCGAACAGAAAUUCUUCGAAGCUACCCGUGAAGUCAUCUUGUCUGCAGGUGCCUUGAGAUCGCCACCUAUCCUCGAGCAUUCAGGCGUCGGAAACUCUGCCAUCCUCAAGAAGUUUGGAAUUGACGUUGUAGUUGACCUUCCCUCCGUUGGAGAGAACCUCCAAGACCAAGCCAACUCUGGCAUGGUAUUUUCCAGUAAACCCAACCCUUCCAGCGGCGGUGCCUACGUUGCGUACUUGACCAUGAAGGACCUAUUCAGCGGCGAAGAUGGUGUUGGCCCGCUACAGCCCGCCGUUGUAAGCCUCAACGACACCGUCGCUUCAUCUAUCAAGAGCUACGCUGAACAAGUCGUCAACGCCACCGGCGGCGCUGUUAAUGCGACCGCGCUCGAGCGUCUCUACGGCAUCCAGCACGACCUGUUAUUCAACACCGACACCCCAGCCGUCGAGAUUCUCGUGGGAUCGAGUUCUACCUCGUCCAUGUUCGUGUCGUACUGGCCCUUGAUGCCCUUCUCGCGCGGCAAUAUUCACAUCACCUCUGGGGACCCCCAUUGCAAGCCCGACAUCAACCCUAACUUCUUCAUGAUGGACUACGACAUGCAUGUACAUGUUCAGGCGUCGAAGAUGGCACGUCGCCUCGCAAACACCUCGUCUCUGAAACAGCACAUCACCAAUGAGACUGAGCCCGGUCUGGAUGUCGUGCCGGAAAAUGCUGAUGAUGCCGAUUGGGCGAAGUGGAUCAAGAACACCUACCGCACCAACUACCACUACAUCGCCACUGCUGCCAUGCUGCCGCGCGAGCUCGGCGGUGUCGUCGACAACAACCUCCUCGUCUACGGCACAGCAAACGUUCGCGUCGUGGACGGUUCGGUUAUCCCGUUCCAGAUGGCCGGACAUGCGACGAGCACGCUCUACGCUAUUGCUGAGAAGGUGGCGGAAGCUAUCAAGGCGAAGCAUGCUUCUUAGAGUUUCGGUGAGCAGUAUGUGUGGGUGUAACUUUGAGGUCUGAAUGUGUUGGUAGAGCGUAGAGAGGAAGGGCUGCGGACACGUUUUGCUGUUUCUGGUAUCGGACAGAUGGCUUGAUCUCUGAGAGUUGAUGCAACGAUUCGCUUGCGUAGAGUAACGUCAAUGCUACGUACAAAAUCGAUCAUGAAUG